CCAAUUCCACCGCCAGGUGGUUUGAACUUUGAGCCUCUUGUACUCCUGAUGAACAAUUUCACUUUCUUCAAGUUUAUGACACUUGGAACUUCAAGAAUUGGAGGUUUAUGUAUUUUGAGACCGGUUAGCACUGUGCAGAGUUCAGAGUACUAACAGACAGAGAUUAAAAUGGCUUCCAGAGGAAAGACAGAGACCAGCAAAUUAAAGCAGAAUUUAGAAGAACAGUUGGAUAGACUAAUGCAGCAAUUACAAGAUCUGGAGGAAUGCAGAGAGGAACUUGAUACAGAUGAAUAUGAAGAAACCAAAAAGGAAACUCUGGAGCAACUAAGUGAAUUUAAUGAUUCACUGAAGAAAAUUAUGUCUGGAAAUAUGACUUUGGUAGAUGAGCUAAGUGGAAUGCAACUGGCUAUCCAGGCAGCUAUCAGUCAGGCCUUUAAAACCCCAGAGGUCAUCAGAUUGUUUGCAAAGAAACAACCAGGUCAGCUUCGGACAAGGUUAGCAGAGAUGGAUAGAGAUCUCAUGGUAGGAAAGCUGGAAAGAGACCUGUACACCCAACAGAAAGUGGAGAUACUAACAGCGCUCAGGAAACUUGGAGAGAAGCUGACUGCAGAUGAUGAGGCCUUCUUGUCAGCAAAUGCAGGUGCCAUACUCAGCCAGUUUGAGAAAGUCUCCUCAGACCUUGGGCUGCUCCCAAGUUACAUGGACUCUUCCCUCAGCCUCACACCAAAAAUAUUGAUGUCCACAGCAAGACUGACUUCUUAUUGAAGACUCAGGGCUAUUGCUGUGAAUACAUGCCUAACUGCAAGAAUGGGAGAAAGGAAUGAACCCAGUUAAAACCGAGCCCAAGAAUGUGAGCUAAGAAAUCAGGACUUUGGGAAAAAACAGAUUUUCUUUUCCCCUCAAAUAAUAAAUUAUUUUUUAAAAGAAAAAUAAAAAUGUAAAUAAUAAUAAAUUAUGUCUAAAGAUCGAUGAGAGUACAUAGCACUGUACCAGUCCAUCCAUUUGGAACUCAUUGUAGAAUUGGUAGCCUUGGAACAGCUGGCAGAAGAGUGAGCAUUCCUGGGCAAGGUGGAGCCAGCCCUGACAGGAAGAAACUCAUCUCAUGUUUGCGUAGAAGUGAGUGCAGAAAGGGAUCAAUCGUUUCUGAAAGCUUGUAAAAUCAUUGUUGCAGCAUGUGCUUCUGACAACCUACCAGUCAUACACAUACUGUAUCCAUAGACGCAAUGAAAAAACUGGGGUCAAGUUCCCUAAACUCUUCUGUAAAUGACAAAAUAGUUCUAAGCUGAUAACAUUAUACCAGUUUUAUACCCUAUUUGUUAAAGGCUUUGGGAAAAUUACAACAGUUGUUUGGGGGCUAAAACAAGAUGGCUUAGGAUGAGGGAAGCAAUAGACUGCCAUUUACUUGAUUUCCAUGAGAAUGGAAAAAGCUUUGAUCAUAGCUGCUUUGAUAUUGAUAUCAUAUAUUUGAUAUCCAUAUAUUUGAUAUUGGAGUAUUACUCAACAAAUAUUUAUUCACACCUCCCUCCCUUGAGGUGGAAUAUACUUCCUUAUCACACUGUGUUGGGCUUGGCCAUGAGACUGGAUUUGGCCAGUAGAAUGUUUAUGGAUAUGACUCCUGGAGAUGUCUUCCAUGUGCUUCCACAGUUUAGUUUGGUGCUCUUGCUCUUCUGCUGUCCAUCAUAAGAGGGAUAUGCCCAGUGUAUUCUCUGGCCGAAAGAGAAUGAGGAGACAUGUGGAGCAGACUUAAUCUCAAUCUACAGCUAAACCCUGCUGAUCCCAGCCCAACAUAGUCAUAGUCAAAGUCAUAGUCAACCCACAGCCUGAAGUAGACCCAUAUCAGGCAAUGUGCAGACCUCCCGAGCGAAAAACAUAAAUGUCUGUUUAAGCCACUGAGUUUUGAGGUAGUUUGUUAGGCAUCACUAGCAGACUAACACACCAGUUUUGUUCCAUUUGAGUCCAUUCUCCAUGCUAGAGCCAUGAUCAUCUAUUUAAAUACAAAUCCAACCAUGUCACGUCUUUGUUUAAACCUUUCAAUAGUUCUCAUUACUUUUGGAAUAAAGACCAAAUGUUUAGCAUGACCUAUAAAUUCCGUAAUGAUCUGGGCCUGGCUUCUUUCCCCAUCACUCUGCACUCCAGCCACACAGCUUUCUGUCUCAGUUGUUUGAUCUUACCAUGCUCUCUUGCCUCCUCAUGGCCUUUGUAUGGGCUGGUCCCCCUGUGUGCUGUCCUUUUCUCCCCACUCUUUGCUUAGUUAACUCCUACUUAUACCUCAAGUGUAAGCUUAAAUAUACUUUCCCAAGGAAGCUCUCCUUGACCCUAAUGCAGGGUUAGAUUCCCAAUUAUAUGGUCUCACACCCCAUUGUAUUUCAGCUUUUAGCACUUAACUGUAGUUACAAUGAAUUGUUCAAUUGUGUAACUCAUUGGUGUCUGUCUUACUCAUCAUUAAGGCAAGGACAGUAUGUGUCUGAUUUGCUGCUUUUUUCCCCUGCCUAGCACAGUGACAUAUACCUGGGAAGCACCCAAUAAAUAUUCCUUGAAUGACUAUGCUUGAACAAAAAUCAGGGGAUACAUAAUAGAUCACAUAUGAUGUUGAUGAAGAUCUGAAUCAGUUCAAUGGAAAGGUCCUAUAAGAACUCAGUGUAAGGUAGUGUGAAUAUUGGAACAAGGUCAGCAAAAGACACCUGCAAAGGAAACAUGGUCUCUUGUUAGUCACAGAGCCAGGUCAGUUAUAGUAAUCGAGUUAGAUCUCUCUAAAUGUUACUGAAUUAGAAAUGGAAACUAUCAUUAUAGAAGGAAAUGACAUUAGCCACAGAAAGAUUGACAAUGUGGAAAGGCUGGACUGUAGUAGAACUACCAGUGAGUUUCAAACAAGUGAAGGUAGGCCAAGACUUAGUCCACUAAUUUAAAUAAUAGCACAGCUUAUCUAAUAGGGAGAGACCGUUCUAGGAAUCAUGAUAUAUACAGAGAAAAAGUAAACCCUACUAGGAAUGACACGAAGCUUGAAAUUUGAAGUGAAAAAUCUCAUGAAGGUUUUAGUCCAAAGUACAAAGUAAAGAAAAUCAGGGUGGAUGGAGCUUCAACUUGAGAGUUUCAGUGUCCUCACUGCGUAUGAACGAGAAAGACGCAUCUUGAGGGGAGACUUGAGACCCCCAGCCUCGGGAUUCACUAGAACCUACGAAGACCUGACUGAGCUCCUCCUAUCACUCCCGCCCUCACCCCCCAGCCAUGACAAAGGGAGCCUGUGGAAACCAUUUCAUUUUCAUAUUCCAGUUUGUCAGCAAUGUAUUCAAAUAUAACCUAAUUUGCUUUUUUUUUUUAAGGGAAAACAAGUGGCAGAGAAUUUUUAAAAAUUCUUUGCUAAGUAUCUUGGUCUAUUUCCCUUGGCUCUGUGGCUUGUGCUAAUUAAAAUGA